UCAACCUCUCUCUUACUCUAGCUCAGAUGAGACUUGGACAUUAAGUAUCUUUAGCAAAUCCAGGAGUCCUGCUUCAGUCCCUGGGAGUGGGCAAUUUGCAACUUAUAGCACAGAGGAUCUCUAGAAAAAGACAUCUAGGUCAUUGGUGGUGAAAUUUCAAAAUUUUAUGUCCAUUGUAAGGGAAAGGAAGAGUAACUGAGCCAAGAGCAGACCGAUAUGCCAAAGCUGAAUUGUUUACCACCUCGAUGGGACUGAAAGGGUCAGUAAGUUAAACAGGAGUGGCAGUGUUUCUCAUUUAGGCCUACAGAAUAUAAUUAGGCCAAAUCCAAAUCCUCACCUGGGAAGACAUCACCAGACCAUGAAGACCUCCAGGAUUUCACUUGACCUGAGUGUAGCCGAAUAUGGAGUCACACUGGACCCUACAUACACCAUGCUAGAGUUUGACAGUCUACGUGUGCUCCCUGAACAAACAGAAACACUAAUACCUCACCCCGUGCCUGCAUCAGAACCAGUGCCUUUGCUGCAGCAGAGCAGCGUAAACCUCUGUGCUAUCUGUGCAGACAGGGCAACAGGGAAACAUUACGGUGCAUCUAGCUGUGAUGGCUGCAAGGGUUUCUUUAGAAGGAGUGUACGCAAGAACCAUGCCUACACAUGCAGGUUCAGCAGGCAGUGUGUAGUGGACAAAGACAAAAGAAACCAAUGUCGCUACUGCAGACUUCGAAAGUGCUUCAGAGCCGGCAUGAGGAAGCAGGCUGUUCAGAAUGAGCGUGACCGUAUCAGCUGUCGUAGAGAGGGUCAAGGGGUGGGAACGCUCACCAUCGAUGUGUUGCUGCAGGCAGAGGCCAGCAAUCAUCAGCACCUCUUCCUGAAUCCCAAGAGGAACAUCAACACAAAGAAGAUAGCCAGUGUGGGUGAUGUGUGUGAAUCCAUGAAACAGCAACUCCUCCUCUUAGUGGAAUGGGCAAAGCGCAUCCCUGAAUUCCGUGAGCUUUCCGUGGAUGACAGAGUUGUGCUGUUGAGAGCUCACUCUGCAGAACACCUCAUCUUAGGGGUGGCGCGUCGUUCACUGCCCUACAAUGAUGUCAUCCUGUUGGGAAAUGACUUCAUCAUUCCUGUGAGAGGGACCGAGCAGGAGAUGUCCAAGGUAGCAGCUCGUAUCUUGGAGGAGCUAGUGAGACCUCUGCAAGAGCUCAACAUCACAGAAACAGAAUUUGUCUGUCUCAAAACCAUUGUCUUCUUUUCCCCAGACUGCCCUGGACUACAGUGUGCCCAGGCAGUGCGUCUAUUGCGAUUCCAAGCCCAGGUGUUGUUGGAUGAGGCCACUAGCGAGCAGCGAGGACGAUUUGGGGAGCUACUGUUGCUUCUGACCACACUUCAGAGUGUUGCCUGGCAAAUGGUGGAGCAGCUGCAGCUAAUGCGUCUUCUGGGCAAGGCCAGCGUGGACAGCCUUUUGAUGGAGAUGCUACUGGGAGAGGAGGCAGCCAGAGGAUCUGAAUCACUGCAGGUCUCAGAGUCAGAUCCUGAGCCAUUUAUAUUCUCUACAUCUACAGAGCAUGUCCUCUCUAGAGAAAUACUGACAGAGCACAUCCCAAUGCCUAACUUCACAUCAGUGAUACUCCCUGUACCCUCUUCUCAGCCUGAAGAGCCCUUGCUACACACACACGCUGGGCCUGAUGUCUACACACAUGAACAAGCAGCAGACAUGCCAAAAGAAAUGGCCAACUGCCUCGCCAUGCCAACUGUCCACACAUGCCUUUAACCACCGUUACUGAGAAUUCAUAGACACUUGUGUAAAGGUUCUCAGUUUUACAGACACUAACUUGACGUACUUCUGUUCUUCGCUGUACUUUGCAUAUGCCUAAUCUAAAGGGCUUUUUUUAAUGUAUCAAAAAUGGUGUAUGAUGCACUAAUAGUUUAAAAAUUGUACUGUGUGAGUAACAUUAACAGCAGAUAGAAUGCUAGGUAUUAUCUAAUGAGAUACUAGCAAAUGAUUGUCUAAUUUAUUGGAUGGUGACGUGGCAGUGGAGCGUGCAUAAACAUCAGAAUCCAACAACUCUCCACAGUUCAUGGUUCAUUCAGAUACAAGAUGUCAUACUCAUGAGGGUGUAUUACUAAUUGCCUGAUUUCUUUACGCUGUUAUAGUCUAAAAUAUCAAUUAGAGAUCAUCUGUAUUUCUAUAUAUGUUCUUGUCCCAUAUCAAGUUUCUGCCUGUUUACAAAUGGUCAGCUAUCAAGGGUAGAAGAGUAGCAUUUUUGCUAAUUUUCUACUUAAGUUUAGUCAAUAUCUGCUGCAAUAUCUCUUUCAGUAUCUUUUUUUAUUCACCCAUUUACUUUGUUCACUCAUGAAAUUUAAAUCUGCCUAAUGCAAAUAUUAUUAUUAUUAUUAUUAUUUUCCCAUCAUCUAUGGUAUGACUAAACACUCUAGUUAGCAUAACAUAGACUAUUAGCCUACAUUCACACAACCUUUCACAAGAGGGCGCCAAAUGCCUACCAAGAUCCAGAAAAUGCAGCUUUCCUUGUGACAAGACUGGUUAUUGGUAUGCUGUCUUACAAUAUAUAGUUUCGGAUAAACAGUUGCAAGUACUUAUGAUAGCACAAAUAGUGAAGUGAGAUUAGCCCCAUACAAAAACCUAAUCUGCACACAUUUUAGUCCAUAGAAGAUGCCUUCUACAUCAUCCUAAUUUAAUCACUGCAAAUAUUAGCAUUUAAAUAGCUAAAUAUGAAGUUGCUUUGUUUUGUGGCUGGUUAUGAGCCUCUCUCUCUAGUGAUUUCUACCUCCCCCAACAAGUUAAGGGUAAGUUAACAAUAACAUAAACAGUCAUGAUGGUUCUGUUCACUUGGGUCAGGAGCCAGUCUGACUCAUCAGAACAGAGGGGCUUAGUGUGCAGCUGUAGGUCAGUAAAGAAAUGGAAGACAUUUUUGCCCCCUUGGCAACAGUAGCCACAGCAAGUAAGAGUAUCUGUCCAAAUACCUUGAACCAGUUCCAGUUGUUAACACUUAUUCAAUAAGCCUCUUUUCUUUCUUGCCCUUGUUUUAAAUCACUAAUUUCAUAAACGCAUAAACUAACCACCAUAACCAAUGGAUGAGUAAUGCUCCAGUUGCACCAAGUUCAAUACAUUUUUUUUUUCACCUGUGGAAAUAUAUCACCAGCUAUUAAAAAAUUAGCUCAAUGUCACAGUGGAAUUGCCAAAGGCAUUGCAGACAAGGGUGUGGUCAGGAAAUAACUUUUGGGUGGGCCUCAACAAAAAUGGACGGGCCAAGUUUUCACCCAAUUUGUUUUUUUACAAAAUUUUCCUUAACAACAGCAAAGCGGCACAUUCAGAAUGUCAAAGAAUAAUCUCUAAUAUUCUGAGAGGGCCUGUGCCCACCCAAAUUAGACCCGGCCCACCCAUUGCUACGCCACUGAUUGCAGAUCAAGACCCUUUAUGCAAUAUUGAAAAGAAAGCAACCAAAAUCAUGAGUAAAGUUUUGUUACUGGAAAACACUUGGGGUCCAUACAUUAUCUGAAAAUAUUUCAUCACAUUUGUAGGUAGGUAGGCGAAUAAUAAGAAAACUACAAUAAAAGCACUGUAGUAAUCUAUAUUUCAUCAGCCAACCCUUAUUACUUUAUCUGUCAACUGUGUGUAUGUAAUCCAGUUCAUAUAUGUUUGAACAUUAUUGAUUGGUAUAUACAUAUAUUUCAAAUCUUUGAGUACAGUUUGGAAAGAAAGCACAAACUCUUCUGCAUUUGUACUCUGUUAAUUGUUCUGUUAAUUAAAACAAUUCCUAA